AUGACAUUAAAUUUAAUAUUAACAAUAAUAGAAAUUAUAUUAAAAAUUUUAGCAAUAGUGGUGCCAGUAUUAAUAGCAGUUGCUUAUUUAACAUUAGCAGAAAGAAAAGUAUUAGCAUCAAUGCAAUUAAGAAAAGGACCUACAGCAGUGGGAGUAUUUGGAUUAUUACAACCAUUAGCAGAUGGUUUAAAAUUAUUUGUAAAAGAGGCGGUAUUACCAACACAUGCUAAUAUGAUAAUAUUUGUGGUAUCACCAGUAGCUGCUUUUACAUUAGCAUUAAUAUCUUGAGCAGUAAUACCAUAUAAUGAAGGAAAAGUAAUAGCUGAUGUAAAUAUAGGAUUAUUAUAUAUAUUUGCAGUAUCAUCAAUAAGUGUAUAUGCAAUAUUGAUGUCAGGGUGAGCAAGUAAUUCUAAAUAUGCAUUUUUUGGUGCUAUAAGAGCAGCAGCUCAAAUGAUAAGUUAUGAGGUUUCAAUGGGAUUAAUAUUAUUAUCAGUAAUAUUAUGUGUAGGUGAUAUAAAUAUAACAUCUAUAGUAUUAGCUCAAAAAAAUAUUUGAUUUAUUAUACCUUUAUUUCCUGCUUUUAUUAUGUUUUUAGUUAGUGCAUUAGCUGAAACUAAUAGAGCUCCUUUUGAUUUAACUGAAGGUGAAUCAGAAUUAGUUAGUGGUUAUAAUGUUGAAUAUAGUGCUAUUUUCUUUACAUUAUUCUUUUUAGCUGAAUAUACACAUAUUAUAUUUAUGAGUAUUUUAACUUCUUUAUUAUUUUUUGGAGGUUGAUUACCACCUUUUGACUUUUUUAUUUUUAAUUUAAUACCUGGUGAAAUUUGAUUAGCAUUAAAAACUGGAUUUAUAAUUUUUGUUUUUGUAUGAGUUAGAGCAACAUUUCCAAGAUUUAGAUAUAAUACUUUAAUGGAAUUAAUGUGAAAAUCUUAUUUACCUUUAAGUUUAGGAUUUUUAAUUCUUACAGCUUCAAUUUUAAUUGCUUUUAAUGACUAUGUCCAAAUUUCUAAAUUUAUUAAUUUAUUAAUUUAUUAA